GGGGGUACAUGGUGUUUAUUUUGUUUUUUCCCCCGUUUGUUUCCCUACCACCUUCCACGCUUUUCUCCCCACUACCUCCCACCUUACCUAGUGGUUACACCACAGACACCAUAAGGAACGAGCUGUUCCCUUGGAGAAGGCCAAUGACGUCUGGACACUCCCUGAAAAUCAACACACUUGUGGCAUGUCUGCUUCCCCUUAUAUGUCCCUUACCUCCCUUGCCACCUCGCAGCAAAUGGGCCAUUGAGGCCAAGAAAGAGCAUCUGGGCCGGGAGCCUGUAUCUGAAGUGUGCUUCUGUUCUCCCUCUGCCCUCACAGCCCUGUUGAGCCCCCUCCAGGCGCCCGCGCUCGCUGUCAGGUAUGCAUCAAAGAAGACAGGUGGAAGCUCCAAAAACCUUGGUGGAAAGUCACCCGGCAAACACUUUGGCAUCAAGAAAAUGGAAGGGCACUACGUUCAUGCUGGCAACAUCCUGGGGACUCAGCGCAAGUUCCGUUGGCACCCGGGAGCCCACGUGGGGCUGGGGAAGAGGAAGUGCCUGUAUGCCCUAGAAGAUGGGAUAGUCCACUACACGAAGGACGUCUAUGUGCCCAGCCCCAACAACGCAGAAGCCAUGGAUCUGGUCACCAGGCUGCCCAAGGGUGCUGUGCUCUAUAAGACUUUUGUCCACGUGCUUCCCACCAAGCCUGAGGGUACCUUCAAGCUGGUAGCUAUGCUCUGAGCUCCUGGUUGAGGAUGCUGGACAGAGACAGGAUCCCAGGUGCCCAGAGAGGGCAGUAUCAGAAGCAGUGUGGAUGAUGGCGAGGCCUCCCAUGGAGGCAGUCUGCUUGGUGGUGACUCUGCAGGACGUGCAGCUGGAACCCCCUUUGGGAGACAUAAGCUGGGCCAAAAAUAAAAGUAGUUGGAGUUAUAAGUCUGUGCUGUUCCGGCACACCUGGACAGAC